CCUGGAGCUCUCACGCAACCCACUGAGCUCAGCUCUGCACCCGUCUCUUCCUCCCGGACAGUUUAAAUACCGAGCACCGCCCACCCUUCAACCCGUAAACAACCCCCUCAAACCCCCCACAUCACAAACACACGCCCAGCAUGCCCUCCGACCCGCACGCCGCGCCGCAGAGCGGAACAGAACACGAGCCGCUUCUCGGACGUCCCGGGGACGUCUCGCAGGGCCGCACAGACCCGAUCCUCAAGAACCUGAUCACGGGGACCGCGCCGCUGGCGCAAGCCGGCGGGCUUAUCCUGACCGCGCUCGUUUUCGGCGGCGUGUUCACGCACAAGCUGCUGAUCCCGUUCUCGCUGCACCCGCUGCUGAACGCCUUCGCCGUGCUGGUCGGGAUCCAGGCGGUGCUCAUCCCGCAGCCCACGCACACCGCCGCUCAAAAGCGGAUCGGCGCUAGGGUACACGCCGCGUUCUGGGCCACCGCCCUCAUGGCUUUCGUAGGCGCCCUGAGCGCUGUCGAGGUCCACAAGAAACGCGCGGGACUCGGACACUUCGAGAGUUGGCAUGCGAUCCUCGGCGUCGCCAUCUAUGCCCUCCUUGUGCUACAGGCGGCCGUCGGCGCGACUAUGUACUUCUUCCCUGCCGUCUAUGGCGGCGUGGAUAAUGCGAAGAGCUUGUAUAAAUACCAUCGCAUCACGGGAUACACCAUCCUCUCGCUGCUGCUGGUUAACGUUGUGUUGGCGACUCGUACGUACUACGGUGGCACGAUUCUCGGAAUCAAGACCUGGGCUACGGUGCUGGGCGCGGUGCUUGUCGUUGCUGGCGUUACCCCCAGGAUUAAGAAGCAGAAGGUUCGUCUUUGGACCAGCUCUUCCUAGACAAGGAUGUGAUGAGACGGUCUUAAGGCAGCAGUUUCGUUGGUCUUUUUCUUGCGGAUAUUCCAUUCAUGGUUGUUUCAUUGCAAGUCGAAGGAUACACUCUUGAGGAUUGUCUUUGUAGUUUGAUCUCAUUUGUUUGCUUGUUUGACUAGCUUGUGGAUUGUGGUUGUGAUUGUGAUUGAGGGGUCGGACAUAGAAAUAUUAAUGACGGUCUUCUCAAAUUCGC